ACGAAUGUGCUACAUGCCUGUUUGACAAUUGUACAUUGAGCUAAGAUGAGAGCAUUCGUCUUUUUGUGUGUGGUGGCGGCGUCGGUUGCCAUGCCAACCAGGGAGGAUGGAGUCAUGGAGCGGUUUGUCUCCACACUUCGUGACUGUGUGGAGACCGACACAAUGCUGUGUUUGAAGGAAAAAGCAAUGAAGUUCACAGAAAAUUUGGCAGUGGCAAAGGAUUUGAGCCUGGUUGAUGGCAUUAACUUCUCCAGAACUGGGUCACCGCGCUCCGCCAGGAGCUACGAGCCCUUAGCAGAUGAUCCCAAGGCAAGGGAACUCCAAGUUGAGGAGAGGAUCAUGGACAACGUAGUCGACUUCCUGGAUAACCACGUUCUUCAGCUGAGAAUGCCCAAGUCCUUCACUGAGGAUAAUUCCGUUGAAGAAGAAGGCCGUGGCAAGAAGAAGAAGAAGCUGAAGAAACUCCUCCCCAUCCUGGCUCUCAUCAAGCUGAAGUUAGCCGCUCUCAUCCCACUCUUCCUUGGUAUCAUUGCCUUCGCGGUGUUCAAGGCAUACCUCCUUGGAAAGGUCGCCUUUAUUGCUGCAGCCAUUGGGGCUUUGAAGAAGCUGCUAGACUCCAAACACUCCAAGAGCAGUGGCUGGUCUGAACCACCUCAUGAGGAGCAUGGAUGGGAAAGCGGCGGCGGCGGCGGCUGGGGCAGGUCCCAAGACGCUCAAAACUUAGCAUACGGCGCCCAUAUUAAGCAGGCAUAAACCAUUGCCGUAAUUAAUUUAUUUGUGUGAAUCUCUAUUUAUUUCUCGACCACCGUUUGUGACUGUGUGAGUGUGACAGUAUUUUUAUAAUAUGCAUUCGAUAUUGUGCUUUAAUCUUGACUGAUUUAUUUAGUCUAUGUAGGUUUAUAGUAUAUAUCGUUUUUAUAUAUUUAUGUCCUUUUUGUAUAUAUUCAAUGAUAAAUAUGUCUAUGUUAUGUAUCUUGCUUUGUAUCAUCUUAAUGGUAUUUUUCGAUGAAUUCUAUUUAUAUCUUACAUAUCUAUUAUUUACCAAAUGUUUUAAUAUUUUGUUCCAAAGAUAUAUGUGUAUUUUUAUAAGUUUGUAUUAUGUAUAUAUCUUAUUAAGUUAUGCGUGAUUGAGUGGACCGAGUCAUAUAAUUUAUUACAGAGUUAUCGAGAGAUUAAGUUAUUAAAAUGAUAAUUGUAAUUGAAAUUAAAAUAU